AUCCCUGACGCACGCGCAGGCCGCGUCUUGAGCUCUUCCCGCUUUGAGCUCGAGGUCUGUUCGGCGGAUGACAGUUUGUUUUCACAGGGCCCUGUCUGAAAACAAGAACCAGCGCUUGCACCUUCAGCCACGGGAACCGAGUCUGUUUUCGUCAAGAUGAGACCGCUUAUUCCCAAAUCCACAGGAUGUGAAUCCCCACGACCUGUCUGUGUACCACAGCUGUAGCCGAGCCGAGGGAAAGAGUGCAGUUCAAACAGGCAUGAGGCUGUUGGCCUCCUCGCCACACCGACUACAACAAACACGCGUCGUCCCAAUGACGUUUUAACCCCUGCAGGAGUACACACUGCUUGGUCCACCGAGGCUGGUGAAGAAACACGGGUAUGUAUGAGCACACGCAGAUAUAACCACCCCUCCCUUUGGUUCGACGCCAGAACUACCCUCGAUUAACGAACAAAACACAAGAGCGAUAGAAAGAGAGCGAGUGACUGAGGGUCCCAUGUGCCAUUGGGCAGAGGGGCUUUCGCCAUGAGCAGUACUCUGGGCAAAGAUAAAGACUCUAAGGAGAGGGAACCCAAAGCUGAAGGGAAAUCCAAAACCAAAGGGAAAGAUGCCAAAGACGGGAAGAAAGACACGAGCGGCGCUUCGCCCGCGGUGGCCUUCACUUUGGACAGCACGAUAAAGCGACCCAACCCACCGCCCAGCACGCGCAAAAAAUCCAGCAAUGCAGAGGUCAGCAAGGAGCUGAACAAGUGCCGAGAGGAGAACUCGACGCGCCUGGACCUGUCCAAGAGGUCCAUCCAUCUGUUGCCCUCCUCCAUCAAGGAGCUGACCCAGCUGACCGAGCUGUACCUGUACAGUAACAAGCUUCAAAGCCUGCCGGCCGAGGUGGGAUGCCUGUCGGGGCUGAUGACGCUGGCGCUCAGCGAGAACUCUCUCACCAGCCUCCCUGACUCGCUGGACAACCUGAAGAAGCUGCGCAUGCUCGACCUGCGGCACAACAAGCUGCGGGAGAUCCCAGCUGUGGUCUACCGCGUCACCUCCCUCACCACGCUCUACCUGCGCUUCAAUCGGAUCACCACCGUGGAGAAGGACAUCAAGAAUCUGUCCAAACUCACCAUGCUCAGCAUCCGAGAGAACAAGAUCAAACAUCUCCCCGCAGAGAUCGGGGAGCUCUGUAACUUGAUCACGCUGGAUGUAGCCCACAACCAGCUGGAGCACCUUCCUAAAGAGAUCGGGAGUUGCACUCAGAUCACCAACCUUGACCUGCAGCACAACGAGCUUCUCGACCUACCGGAGACUAUAGGUAACCUGUCGAGUAUAAACCGUCUGGGUCUGAGGUACAACCGUCUGUCAGCGAUCCCUCGAUCUUUAUCGAAGUGCCGAGAGCUGGAGGAGCUCAACCUUGAAAACAACAACAUCUCAGUGUUACCAGAGGGUCUUCUCUCCAGUUUGGUGAACCUGACGAGUCUGACGCUGGCACGAAACUGUUUCCAGUCUUACCCAGUGGGCGGCCCGUCCCAGUUCUCCACCAUCUACUCACUCAACAUGGAGCACAACCGUAUCAACAAGAUCCCUUUUGGCAUCUUCUCUCGAGCCAAAGUGCUCAGCAAGCUCAAUAUGAAGGACAACCAGUUAACGUCUCUUCCGCUGGAUUUUGGGACGUGGACCAGUAUGGUAGAGCUAAACCUGGCAACAAACCAGCUCACCAAGAUUCCAGAGGACAUCUGUGGACUGGUGUCUUUAGAGGUCCUCAUAUUGUCCAACAAUCUCCUGAAGAAGUUGCCUCAUGGGAUAGGAAACUUACGGAAACUGCGAGAGCUUGACUUUGAGGAGAACAAACUGGAGUCCCUCCCGAAUGAGAUCGCAUACCUUAAGGAUCUGCAGAAACUUGUGUUGACCAAUAAUCAGCUGAACACUUUGCCGAGAGGAAUCGGUCACCUGACCAACCUGACAUACCUGGGCUUGGGAGAGAACCUGCUGCAGCACCUACCUGAGGAGAUCGGUACACUGGAGAACCUGGAGGACCUGUACCUGAAUGACAACCCUAACCUGCACAGUCUGCCGUUCGAGCUGGCGCUGUGCAGUAAGCUGUCCAUCAUGAGCAUCGAGAACUGCCCCCUCAGCCACCUCCCGCCGCAGAUCGUCGCCGGAGGCCCGUCCUUCAUCAUCCAGUUCCUCAAGAUGCAGGGUCCCUACCGCGCCAUGGUCUGAGACGGCUCGCACACGACGUUACCUUCGUCGUCAUUGUAUCUAGGACAAGAAACUGCGUAACUGGCUUCCUAUCGGUGGAAGAGUCAAAGCCAGUUAGGUCUCCUUAGAAAACAAUGUCUAGACUUCACUUGCCAAAAUCAGUGUACAUUAAUGAUUCUGAAGAGGCGCUCCUUAAAAAAAAAAAAAGUUUGUCAUUUUGCCAAUUUAUUGAAAGUCAUUACAGGGGUUUCGACGCCAGGAAACAGUUGUAUGCAAAAACAGAACAAUUCAUUUUUGCUGCUCCCGCCAUACUGUAUGUGAGAGGUUUUAUGUUUUUUAGUUUUUUUUGUCAUCCCACAACCAAAAGAUUUGUAUUGUACAGAGCACCUGUUUUGGAAGCAUUGAACAAAUUUUAGUUCUUCUUUUUUUUUUUCUAUUACUAUGAAUUAAUUGUAGAAUCGUGCCUAUUCAGUGCAGUUGGGUGGUUUGUGUCUGAACAUUAUUAGCCGAGAAGUUUUUAAUGCAACAAGGAUGAAUUUACAAAAGUAUAAUUUAUUCCGUAAUUCAUACUGUCGAUUUAUUUUGUCGCGCCCUUUUUGGAAACAUUCAUUCCUCUUCGCUGUCAGGACGUGUUGGUGCGUUCGAGCUUUUAAAACGAUGAAUCCACAAUUCUUUUUUUUUUCUGUGAAGUAGUGAAGUAACAUGAAUCGCAGAUGUUUUCUUGAUAGCAGCCUGUCUAGCGCGUCUCUGUCCUGGACGUGGGGUUUGUGAUUGUCCACAGGUUUGCGCUCUGCUCAUGUCCUGUCAGUGAGAGCAGCAUCUACGAAUCGGGUGCUGAACAGUGCUAGCAGUUAAAGGCCAAGCGCCCAUUCAACAUCACUUCUGUCCUCUUCUUAAAUUCCACAUUUGAAGGAUUUCCUGGUCAGUGUCAUCGGACCGGUUGAAACCAUUCCCUGUGAUUUUCUGCUCUUUUAAAUCCACAGAAUAUUAAACAGUGGUCACCAGGGGGGUUUGAACCAUUUGUCCCACAUACCGCUCUUCUUAUGCUGCUGCUUCUAAUGCACUUUGUAUUGAUAUUCGGCAUCCCCCUCAAGUAAAAGGGUCGCGGUAUUUCAUGUUACCGAUUAAACAUAUGGAAGGGGGCAUUUAUUAUUAUUUCUGAAGUGUUUUAUUUGAGUUCUCGAUCAUGUAUGUUUUAAAACCGUGAAUGAAAACGUUUGCCUCAGCAAAUUCGAACUAUAACAUUCUCUUAAGAACUUAUUUUCUUUUCUCAAGGCGUUGAUGCCUUUUCUCUUUAUUAAAUGUUUUGAUUUAAACUUCUGACUAGUUUGUGUUUCUAUAUAUUUAAAACCUCAUAUCGGUUUCAAAUGGUGCAGAUCAUCAAAGUAUUGCGAUUAAAAACCCAAAUGUGGCCAUUAUACAUAUUUGCAAACUUUUAUUCCGCCUUUACAACGUCGUUUUGUUCUUGAUGGAAGUUCUUUUGGUUUAGUAUUAUAUAUAUAUAUAUCAAGUGACUGUAAAUUUCCGCCUCCACUUUAGUCGAUCAAGCCAAAUGUAUUUUGUGUUGUGUCCACAUUUUCUCUUUUUUUUUCUUUGUUUACAUUUCCUCGCUCUUUCCUUUGAUUCGUAAGGACAUUGUGCACAUCGGCGGCAGUGGAAAGGCUUCGGAGAGGCACUUCGCGUUCGUGGGGCCAUGACAAGGACACAAACCGCUGCUUUUUUUAAUCAAACCAGCAGAACCUGUUGCUGCUUAUGGACCUCCUAGAAACGUAAUGCUGUAAAAGAACCGGCCCGCGCGAGACGUCACGGACUGGCUUCACGGGCCGGUUUCUACCAGCACAGACGUUCUGCCACAGACGAAAUCCCUCUGGACCUGCUCGGUGCAUAUCUUGCACCUGAUGCAGAUGCUGAAUAAAACACACAAAAACGACAAACAUUGUAAAAAGGGCUUUCUCUGUUCAUGCUUAACUAUACACCAGAAGCAUUGCAUUCCUGGUUUUGUAUAAAAGCUUUCUUUUGUUUGAGUGUGUGUAUGAGUGUGUGUGAGGGAAUAGUUAGAUGUUAACAAAAUGGAAUUGUUAUGUGACAAUAAAUGCCUUUGAGUACUUCAAGUGAGACGUGCAUUAGGGACGUGGCCUUGUGACGUGUCCCAUUUAAGUUUAAUUUUGUCCCCGCCUCAGCAUUCAUAUGCCAUUUAUUGCAGGGGAGGUGGGCUGGAUUUAACGUAGGUUAACAGUAUGAUCGGAUGAGAGUGCAUCACAAAUCAGGAAUGUAGUCAAAAAAGACAAUACAUACAUAAUAAUUGUACUUUUAAUGGUGAAUACUGACAGCGCGGUUAUAAUCAGCCGAGGUGGCGAUUUUAAUUUUGAUCUUGUAUUUUUCUGGUGAAUCCUUAUGAUUGGAGUUUUUUUAUAUAUAUUGUCUGUGCAUUUAGGUCAUAUAAAUUGUAAAAUGAAGGUCAUUUUCCAUGGUUUUGUUUUUUAUUUUUUUAUUUUAAACAUAGGAAUAUUAUGUUUUCCUGCAUUUUUUUUCUUGCCUUGAUAUGUGUAGGAAACAAUGUUUAUUUUCUUUAAUUUUUUUUUCAUAAUUGUCUGGUUGGUUGGACAGGGAUGUAAAAAAAAAAAUACACACGAUAAAAAUGUUGCUCUUUCUUAA